AUGUGUCAGAUGUGUAUAUCUGCGUACCCAUUUGUACUCAAGACAGCAUCACUCAGACACUUUCUCAAAGAUAGCAGCUACAAGGGAUUGACUGUAGUUGAGAUCUCAAAGCUGUCGAAUGGGAUCACGGUAGCCUCUCUGGAGACUUACAGUCCCAUCAGCACCGUCGGUGUAGUCAGCCAUGCUGGAGCACGCUUCGAGGGCUCGCAUAACAAGGGUGUCGCCGCUCUGAACAGACAGAUGGCUUUCAAGUCCACUACAGAGAGCACCCAGUUUGCUAUUGUGCGUGAGAUUGAGCACUACGGUGGCCGUCUACACUCAACUACCACACGGGAGCACUCCACCACCACCGCCACUGGAAGCCGCGACAGCAUCUCUACGCUGGUCGAUGCGAUUGCCGACGAUUUCACGAACAGAGAGGCACUUCUAUGGGAAGUCAACCAAGCCAAGAGCGAGCUGGCCAUCCAGUCCGCAGAAGAGGCUGGUAACGGUUCUUUCCAGGCCAUUGAGGCUGUGCACGCCGCGUCGUUCAGCGGAGGUCUGGCGAAUGCCUUGACCCCAGCACCUUACGCCGUCAGUGCCUUGAGCCCAGAUGCGGUCAAGGCUUACAACAAGGCUAUGUCGACUACUGGCAACUCGGUGCUUGUGGGUGUGGGAUGCCAGCACAGUGACCUCGUCGCAGCGGCCGAGACUGCCUUUGGCAGCGCUCCUUCCGGCGAGAAACCCAAGGACAGUUGCACGUUCUCAGCUAGCACCAUGUUGGUGAAUGCCGCUGGACCUGCCACCUAUGUUGCGGUUGCAUUUGAGGGCAAGCCUCAAGGCGAGGAUGCCCUAAAGCUGGCUGUUAUUCAGCACGCACUAGGAGCCGGAACUGACCCCAAGUGGGGCAACUCUGGGUCAUACUUGAGCCGUAAACUGGCGGAGAACAAGUCCAAUACCUCGCUUGUGGCCUUCAAUGCCUCUUACAGUGACACCGGAAUCAUUGGAAUUGUGGCCGGUGCCGGUAACGCACAGAUCGGCAAUCUGGUAGGUACAGUAAAGGAGAUUAUCGCCGAUGUAGGUAAGAACGGACUCUCCGCCGACGAUAUUGCGGCUGGUAAGGCUGCGGUGGCUGCCGCCGCCUCCUUUAUCGGUGACGAUGCCAAUGUGCUGAUUGAGGAGAUCGGCGCACAGGUGGGCACACACGGCAGUUACAUGGACGCUGAAGCGACGGCCAAGAAGGUCGAGGCCUUAACCCCAGCUGAUAUUAACAAGCUUGCGAAGUCCAUUUUCUCAUCAAAGCCCUCCGUUGGAGCGUACGGUGAGGUGAGCCAGGUCCCCAAGUUCUAAAUACUGAGCUGACUACGGGGGGUGCUAUCUGGAGGUUAUAUCAUCAGAUGGCUAGUUUUAGAAUGUGGCUGUAGAUGUCAAGAAUGUUAAUAAAAAUCAGGUCGGCUGUCUUGGUUACACAUGCUCAUGUGGUUUUGUGCGCUCCCCUUUUAUAACUGGGUCAGACGACAAAGGUCCCUUUCUAUAGCGAACCUUUUACACAGAAAUAAAUAUUUAUGCGUACCGAA